AUGAAAUUCUCUAAACUACUCCAAAAAAAUUUUUAUCCGUCAUUUGGAUCAAGAGAAAUAACUUCAAUCGUAAAGCGUCAACUUUUCACUUCAAAUCCGUUUUUUACCGCGUCAACCUUUCCUCAUAUUGAUGCACUGAUUGCACAUCCUACCAAAUCAACUCUAUUUCCCUUUCGCUAUACCAUCUAUCGUUCUUUCCAUUCGUCAAAAAAGACGUUAAACCCCCAAUCGUCUAAGCAUAAUAAAUACCAAAGUGUUUCUUCUAUUAAACACUUACCAUCUUCUCAUUCUGUCUUAAGCUUUUUAGACAAAUCUUUUUCUUCUCCACGAAACUCUUUAUCUUUAAUACACGGUGCUUCCGGUAUAGCUAAACAUAGCAACAAUUUUGUAUCUACUGCUAAUGACAAACAAUAUUUCAGUGUUUGCUGUGGUGAAGAUAGUUUUUUUAGACGACAUGAUUCUUUAGGCGUUGCAGAUGGUGUUGGUAGUUGGCGCAAUGUCGAUUCUGAUGAAUUUUUAAUAGCAAAUUCAGCUUUGUAUUCCCGGAAGUUAAUGCAUUAUGCGUAUACUGAGCUCGAAAAGUAUAAUAAUGUUAAGGAUGUUAACCCAACAAAAAUUAUGCAAGCAAGCUAUGAACAGAGUAUACGUGAUUGCACAUUAGAG